AUGCCAAUGAUUUUAGCCCAGCUCCGUUUAGAUGUACUUGCUGGGGUGAUCAUCGUACUUGCGACAGCUAUUGUUUUUAAAUUAUUGCGCUUCUAUGGAUUGCACCUUAAGGCGCAUGGCGUUAAAUACCUUUUUACACUGUGCGGUGGUCACAUUUCUCCAAUUCUAGUAGCAAGUGAAAAAAAGAAUAUUCGUGUUAUUGACGUAAGGCACGAAGCUUCUGCUGUUUUCGCUGCAGACGCGGUGUCUCGCCUCUCAGGAACCGUUGGUGUCGCCGCGGUAACGGCAGGUCCUGGAAUAACUAAUACAGUUACGGCGGUAAAAAAUGCUCAGAUGGCUGAGACACCCAUUGUUCUCAUUGGUGGAGCUGCAUCCAGCCUUCUCAAAGGCCGUGGUUCUUUGCAAGAUAUUGAUCAAUUAUCGUUGUUUCAAUCUGUUUGCAAAUAUUCUGCACGCGUUAAUUGUGUUCGUGAUAUAAUCCCUGUUUUAACCAAGGCUUUCUUUGAAGCAGCUUCGGAUACGCCAGGUUGGUCCACUUCAAAUCGUUUUGCUCACUUUUUAUGACCCGUCUUCGUCGAGUUCCCCAUCGACACUCUCUAUCCAUAUCACAUAGUACGACAACAGCUUUCUCUGCCCGAACAUCCAAGCAGUUUACAUCAGCGUUUGAUAUAC